GGAUUGGAUAAAAGUUCAAUAUGGCAUCAUGUAACUCGUAAAAAUAUCCAAAUUACAAUCUUGAAUAAAAAUUAUUUUUGAAUCAUUGAAUUUUAAUAAUUAUGAUCGCUAUUUUUGAAUUUUAUACAUUAAAAAUGAUUUACAUAUUGAAUUUAUGAAAUGUAUAAAAAAAAAAUAAAAAAUUUCAAUAUUCUUUUUAGAAAUUUUACUUUAAUUUUUUAUGAAGAAAUGUGAUAAAGGUUAUAACAAUUAUUAUUAUUUAAAUAUAAAAAAUAAUAAUUAAUAAAUUAUUUGAUAAAAAUUUUAUAUAUUUUUAAAAAAUUUAUAUAAUAAACAGUGAAGAAACAGAUAAUAUAUAACAAAGUAUAACAAAGUUCAACAUUCUGUAUUAUUUGAAUUUUUUUCAAAUGUUAUUUUUUCAAUAAUAUGAUGUAUUAAUAAUUAAACGAAAAAUAAUAUAAUUUAAAACAAUAAUCAUGUCAGAAGUAAAUAGAAAGCAAGAUACAAAGAAAAGAAAAGAAAUGUUAUAUGAAACAUUAUUCUUGACUGGAAUAGCAGGAAUUUCUGCUAUGAUCGGUUUUUUUAAUGCUCUAUCAUCAGUUAAGAAACAGGAUAAUAAACAUUUUGAUAUUGGAUUUAUGGGAGGAAAAGGUCUUCAAGAAUCUGGUGCAGCACUUGCUACAAGAGCUCUAUUAUGGGGUUCUGCAUGGGCAAUUAGUGGUUGUAGUAUACUUUUUUAUGGAAUUUGGAAAUUAUCUGGAGCUACUAAUGCUAAAGAAUUUCGAUUAAAAGCUGGAAAUAUUUUACCAAAAAUACCAAAAAAUGAUCCUCCUCAAAGUAGAACUGAAUUUGAAAAUCUUACAGAUUUAUUAAAAUAUGUUUCAGAAGAGUGGGGUAAAGAAAAAUAAUUUUAUUUAUAUUAUAUAUAUAUAUAUAUAUAUAUAUAUGUACAUAUAUAAAUAAGAAAGAAUAUAAUUGUUUUGUUCAUCUUCGCAUAUCUAACAUUUGAUUUAUAAGUUUAUAAAACAAGAAUAGAAUUGUAUUCAUAAAAAAUUAGUUUCAAAUGUCCAUAAUAAAAUAAAUUUAAAAUCUUAUUUAUUAUAUAAAAAAUUAAUAUUUAUAAUAUAUUAAUAAAUAAUAUUGGAAAUUUGAUUUAUAAUAUCAUACAAAAUUAAAUUUUAUAUAUCUAAUCUAAUCUAAACAAUAUAAAAAAGUUUAUUUUAAUUGUAAUUCUGAUAAAAGACAUUAAAAAUAUAUACAUAUAUUAUUUUAUAGAUACAUAUAAUAAAUUACUAUAUGUAUAAUUAAAUUUAAGAAUAAAUUAUUUAAAUUAAAAAAAUAAAAGAAUACAAUUGAUUUUUUAUUAUAAAAAAAUUAGAUUCAUUUUUUAUAAAUUAAAUUCAAUUUCUUUUUUUCUGAAUUUCUUUUAAUAUACUUACUUUUAUUUAAUUAUUAAUUUAUUAAAAUUAAUUAAAAAUAUAUAACAGAUAUCACUAAUUAUCAUUAUAAAAAUAAUAAUUAUAAAUAUAUAUAAUUAUAAAUUUUUUAUAAGAAAAUUAAAAAAUAUUUGAAAAUUCAAUAGCUCUAUUUCCAUCACACUAUCAUUUUUUUCAUUUAAAUUUAGAUUUCAAUUGAUAUUUUAUAUAUCGUCUGACAAAUUUAUAAAUUUAGAUAAAAAGAGGAAAUGAUAAGAAAAAACAAAUAGAAUAAAAAUAUGCUAUCAAAAUGCUAUAAAUGAAAUAUACAUAAAAAAAUAAUAAAUAAUAGAAAAAGAAUAGAGAUAGAAUAUAAAUUGAUUUUUGUCAUCUCUUAAAUAUCAAAAAUUUCUUCAAUAAAAGAGAAUAAAUAAUUAAAGAUCAAUUUUUUGAAAACUACUUUUAAAGAAAUAUCUUUAAUAUUCUAUUAAAGAUAAUACUGAAGACAAUUUUUUUUCUUUAUAUCCAUAUUUCUUUUUAUAUUUACUAUUCUUUCCAUAUUUUAUUUACAGUAUUUUAGAGAUGGUGUGAUUUCAAUAUUUUUACUUUACUUCUAUCUUUUUUUCUAUUUCUUCUCCUUAUCUAUAUGUUCUGGAAAAUUUACACACUCAGAAAACGAUUGCAAGGAAUGACGCAAUUUAUAAUAAGAUAAAUAUGUUAUUGUUUUUUUUUACAAAAAUUAUUAUUGUAUUUGAAUACUUUUAGUAGAAAUAAAUAAUUGAAAAUAAGAUUAUAAAUUAUAAAUUAAAAAUGAAUAUCUAUUUAGCUAUUAUAUGUAAUAUCUCAAAUGUUCUCUAUUUCAAAAGAUCUUUUUCAUAUGAUUUUUAAUCUGAUAUAAUUAUCAAAAAUAUAUAACAUUGAGAAAAAUGAAAAUAUAAAAAGAUAAAAUAAUAAAUAACAAAAAACAAAGAAAAAUAUUUUUUCAAAAUAUUCGAUUUAUUAUUUUUUAAAACAUAUUUAUUAUCUAUAAAGUAGUUAUUAAAAGAAGUAAAAUUAAUUUUCAAACAGAGAAUUAAUUUCUUUUUGAUAGAUAUUUUCAUCAGGUUUAAACCAUAAAAUUUCAAGACCAUCAUACAUUGCGGGUGAAGCAACUACUUCAAAAUACAGAAGAGGUAAUUGAUUGAUAUAUGUUGAAAGUUUAUAUAUAUCAUCAAUCACAUAUUUAUCACAUUGAUUAAUAUCAGCAUUAUUAGGCAAAAUAAGAAACCAUAGAUUUCCAAACAAAAAUUCAGUACUGCUUGUGAGAUCUUCAACUAUGCUUAAUGGAAUCUUUUUUACCAUUGUUGCAUGAUAUUUUACAUGCGAACAAUAUUGUAAAUUUAGUGUAAAUGAUACCACAUUAAAUGUAUUCUCAAGUAAAUAAUAUUGAUCAGUCGUGUUAACAGCACCACUAAUUAAAUCCAUUAAUUGGUUUUCCUUAGUAAUUAUAAUCGUAUCACGUCCAUUAAGUAUUUUACCAACUAUCAACUGAUAAUUUUUUUCCAAUUCAUCAUCAUUACAUUCCUUUUGAACAGAAAAUGAUAUCACAAUUUCUUGUUGAUUAUCAGAAAUAUUUUUCUUUGUGAUACCAUUUAUUUUUUUAUUUUUUAAAUUUUCAUCAAAAAAUGAUAUUUCUUUCAUAUCUUAUAAAAUU